AUGCUUGGUAAAAUCGGUUAUGAUGCGUCCUGGCUAUCUUCAAUACCAUGGAAGGCUAUCUACUAUGCUCUGUUAUUUUUGAUGAUUGAACUAGUGACUUUUGCGUAUGGAGUUAUGGUGUUUAUUCUCCUAUACCAAACCUACAUUCCAACCGUAAAAUUGGAAAGAGAAUUAGAUUUAGUGUUUGAUACUAAAUGUAAUAUACGAACGGGGUAUUCCAACGUUUGCAGUUUUCCUACAGCCAAUUUCUCUGUUUCUGAAAGUGGAAUAUCUCUCUUAACACCCAAAUAUCCGUACAUGCUCAUGCUAAACCUAUGGCUUCCAGAUUCCAUUCAUAAUAGAAAUGCAGGUAUGAGUAUUAUCACCCUAGAACUAUAUGGCCGUGAACAUGUUCUUAUACAGCGAUUCAGAAAACCAUUUUCAAUGCCUUAUCGAUCUGGUGAAGUUCGAAUGAUAAGUAAUAUACUAUUUGCCCCCCUGUAUAUAAUCGGUAGGAUGAAAGAAGAACUGCUGCUUUCAAUUGAGAUGUCAUCUAGUUUCCAGUUUGAUGCGACACAACCAGUUUUGGAAGGUCGUAUCAUUCUGGAGUCCAAACGCUACUUGUGGUCAGCUUUGGAGCUUAAAAUACAAACGACGCUUAGCGGAUUUCAAAAUAUUCUAUACUACUAUCCACAGGUUUCUUUCAUAAUUUGCAUAUCUGUCGUCUCAUUCCUUAUGAACAUGAUCUACAUAUCAUCCAUUCUUUUAUACAUUUUAUGGCGAUUUUUCAAGAAAUCCAGAACUCCUGAACUUUCAAAGGUUAAAGAUGAACCGAAACCUGAAAACUAUCCACUAUGCGAUUAAAUCUACGUAGAAAUUUGUAUCACCGUUGACUUGCAGUUUCAUUACAUGUUUACUGCUGUAACAACUCAAAUGUUUCCCCUUAAUUUUUUCUUCAUA